CUCCGGCAGCAGUGAGAGGCGCAUCUGCAAAAAAAAAAAAGAAAAAAUUCUAUUUGUCAAGAUCGGCGCCUUUAACUCGCGCCCACCGGUGAGGGAAAAAGACGGAGAAAAAGCUCCAGAGCUUCUGCUCGGUGCUGUGCAUGUGCGCCGUGCGUCCUAGACGCGCGCUUAGGCCGAGCGCGUGUUUAUGUCCUCCUGGAAAAAGGGGCAGCAUGCGCGUAUGCAGCGGGAAAUCGGGACUGGCCGGCGGAGAGCUCGAGCGUGCGUGCGUGCGUGCGUGCGUUCUGCCGGAUUUCGCGCGAGCAUGCGGAUUUGCUUGCACCUGCAGCGCGGUGUAUGGCGCUAUUAUGUGAUGGCCUCUGCUGAGCAGCUGUGUUCCUUCUUUCAACAGCGCUGCUCCUAGACACACAAACACACUCACACAAACUCACUUAAACACAUUUACACAUUCAGUCACAUACCUGUAUCGGGUUCACUUCCAUAUUAUCAGACACAAGAAGACAUCAUGUACAGUGUGGAAGACUUGCUGAUCUCUCAUGGAUACAAACUGCCCAGGAGUGGCCCUGCCUCAGCCUCAGCACCUUAUGAGAAUCGGAACACCGACUGCCGUCGUGACAAUGUGGAAAAUCGUCCGGCUGGUAGUGGCGGGGCCUUGAACGGGUUUGGGACAGCAGAAGGUGGAGGAGACAGUCGGACUGAAACAGGGACAGGGGCCUACAGACCAUCUCAGCCUGUAAAAACAUAUCCUGAAAACAACAACAAUAUCAGUGAGGGACCUGAACGGAUCCAGAGAAGGCUGGAAGUUCCUGUUGGCUUCCUUGGUGAUCUGCAGCCCUUAGGAGACUCACUUGCUACUGACAGUGGGUUUUAUGAUGCCCCAAGCUUGACAUUCUCUGAGCACACAGAUGAGCGAGAUAUUGCCUACUGGAGAAGAAGAGGGCAAGACUUCAGUGCCCUUUUGGACUUUGCUGACCCUAGGGAGUUGCGUGUGUCUGGUGGGCCUUGGAGAGGCCCAGUGUUGGCUCCUGAGGAGCUAAGGACAGAAAGGCCAUUAGCGAGAUGGGAGGAAGUGCAGUGGAUGCGAGAGCCCAUAGACUCAGGCCCAGAGACACUACAAGUGACUGGAGAAAGGAAGUGUCAAAGCCUGGGCACAGAGGAGUGGCGUCCUGCAGUAGGUCUUGGUCGUCAGUUGUCGGAUGGAGAAGCUGAGCGCUGGUCUCAGGAACAGCAGCACCGUUUGCGGCCCACAGAGGGCAGUGUGCCUGCCACAGUAAGGAUGAAGUCCCAGUCACUGCCCCGAGUUCUUUCUCCUGAAGAUCCACAGUAUGGAGAACAUCCUCCAGCAGGGGCCUCAAGUCAGGCUCCUACACAGAGAAACAGCUCUGUACCAUACAGUCGUUAUCAUAAUGAAUGGCCAUUAGGAGAACGGUGGAGUGGUCAGAGUCAAGGUCCCACUGCACUUGUGCCAAAGCCACGUUUUAGUCGUCCCAUUAAGCCCCCAUCUUACGAGACUCACCAGCAGAAUAGGGGGAGUUGGGAAACACUUUCUUCUGAACCAGUGUCCAAACCCAGAGACCGGUCAAUUUGCUAUUCUCAGAGUUUUGAACCAUUGAGAGACAGGUCUGGAUGCUAUUCUCAAAGUGCAGAGCCAUUACGGGAUCGGUCCUUGUGCUUUUCACAGAGCGCGGAGCCACUGAGAGAUCGAAUGGUGAGCCAUUCCCAAAGUGCCGAACCGCUAAGAUUUGUAAGUCAUUCCCAAAGUGCAGACCUGUUAAGAGACCGCUUUUUAAGCCACUCUCACAGUGCUGACCUUUUAAGGGACAGAUCACUUUGUUAUAGCUCAGAACUACUUCGAGACAGGUCUAUGUGUUACUCACAGAGUGCAGAAUUACUGCGACCAGAGGCAUACAGGGCAGAUCUCUUUUAUCAGGAAUUGACUGGUAUGGAGCCCCCUGGUUACAUCCCACCCCCCUCUUACAGGAGAUUUCUGCCUCCCAGGAGUGGACAGAUUUACCGUGCUGACUCUGCCCUUGUCCGAUGGAAACGUGAACCAGUAAGUGCUGAGAUGGGUGAGUGGUUUUCAAGAACAGCAGGAAUGUCAUGGUCAGAACGUCAGGAAGACAGGAGUAUGGCAGUUGUUCCCAGACGGCCAGUGCAUCCAGGGCCAGGUGUACCAAAUCGACCUUUUCACUAUGUCGCAUUUGAAGACCCACGUGUUAGGCAUAUCUCAGGGGGGCCCAGUGGAAACUCACUAACAGAUGCAGACAAGAUUCGACAUGUCAACAAAGAGCUUCCCUGCACUGCAGCUGUAGGACAAUCCACACAUGAUAGUGCCUUCCUCCCUUCACAGGGGCCGAGCACGGACACUCACAAACCUCUCAAUGAACAGGAGAAUGCUAACCGAUGGAAUAGAGGGUUAAACAAAGGAAGUGAAAGUGUAGCACCAGACCAGAGCUUUUCCAAGUACUCCACAACAUUUCAGACAAGACCCCCACAACCAGUCAUAAAAGUUGAACGGAGUGUCGAUCAGCAGGUUAAACUAGACAGAAUUGCAGAUCAAGGUCAAGUCAAGGUAGAAAGAACAGAACAGGUUAAAGUGGACAGACCUGCUGAGCAGGUCAAAGUAGACAAAAUUACAGAACAAGUCAAGUCAGACAAACUUGCAGAUCAAGUAAAAGUUAUAGAAGUUAAACCAGAACGAUUUACAGACAAACAGCUCAAAACUGAUAGAAUGACAGACCAAACAAAAAUGGAUAAAAAUCCAGACCAGGGUAAAACAGAAAGAUACUGUGAAAAACAAAGUAAACUUGAUAAACUGGCAGAGAGAAUUCCAGAAAAACCUAUAAAAGUUGAGAGAAUUCUAGAUAAGUCCAGUAAAUCUGAGAGAGUUCCCGACAAGCAAGUUAAAGUAGACAAAAUUCCAGAAAAGAUUAAAGGUGAUAAGUUGUUGGAAAAACAAAGUAAAUCAGAAAAAUUUACUGACAAGCUAAUUAAGUUAGAGAAACAGGCAAAAGCAGACAUAACUGUGGAGCAGUUAAAGGCUGAGAAAGUUACAGACAAACAGACCAAGGCAGACAAAUCUAUUGAAAAGGGAUCAUCAGAAAGCAUUUCCACAGCAAAGACGGAAGUAACACAUGAGCCAGAGAAGAAGAGUGUGAAAAAGAAAUUAAGUGAGACUAUAUUCUGCCUGGUGUCUGUCCCUCUUUCACAAUCUAGCGGAAAGUUGAGGGAUCAAAAUAACAACGAAGAAAAAGAACCCGAAUCCCCUCGUAUUCCUCCCCCUCCCCCACCAAGCUCCUCAAGUGAAAACAGCAACACCAUUGGUUCUCUGCCAAACCAAAGCCUCAAAAGCACAUCCACCACCUCCACUGAUUUGGAACUACAGGCACUUACACUUGGCAGUGCUUCUAGUAGCAUAAUCACCAGAAGAGCUCAUCGCAGGAGAAACUCUCGAACUAAAAUAAUUAAGCCAAACCCCCAUGAUGAGCUGAGACGAUAUUCUGGGGCCUGGCCAGGGGAUCAGUAUCGUGACCAGGAAACCCAAACUAGUCCUGAACUUGCAAAGAGUGCUCAACACCCAGGUCCAGAUAAAAUGGAAGCACAACCACUGCCUGCUGUCCCAGAAGCAGAGGUCUCUGCUGAAAAUGGGUCAGGAGUUCCAGGUACUUCUGGGCCUACAGGAGGCACAGGGGCUACAGGUAAUCCAGGGCCUUCAAGUACUACAGGGGGUACAGGAAAUCCAGGGCCUACAGGAACAUCAGGGGCUGGAGCAGCACCGGCGGCUUCAGACCACAGUACCCCCUUUGGGUAUCCUAUGAAAGGUCAGAAAAGUCUGAAACCAUCCAGCAACAGUGCCUUUUCAAGAACAGGCACCUUCAAGAGCACAGGUUCACACAGACCUCCAUUACAUCCUCCUCCACAUCCACCACCACCACCUCCAACCCAACCACCGUCCCAACCACCACCCCCACCGCCAACACAGCCUCCACCCAAAUCACCCCCCUUGGAUCAAGCUGAGGAUUUAAAGUCAAUUGCUGGCCCUAACCCAGAAGCUUUUGGUCAAUUCCUUUUGAAGCCAGUGUGUCGAAGAUCUUGGGAUGCCAUUGAGGAGUUAGAGUCUAUUAAUAAGGAAUUGCAAGAGCAAGCAGGUAAGCGUCCUAGUGUGGACCAAUGCAUUGAAGAUCUAAAUGAGGCCUACAAAGAUAUUCUGGAGCUUACCACUGCCAGCAAUAGCCUUUCCAGUUGUUCCUCCAUUCAAAUCCCUGAUCGUAUAAAAGCAAGACUUUCUUCUGAUCCGUUGGGAAUGGCUGCAACUUCACUUAGGUCCAGCCUGGUACCAGGAAGUGACCCAGAAUACAGGGAGGUUAAGAGUGCCUUUUCCCGACCAUCAACAGGGAAGAGUGUUAGCUUCAGCAAGCAGCUUAGGGAGGAAAUUUGUCCAGCAGCACCUCCACCAGAAACAGGUUUUAGAGAUUACAAAACAGUAAUGGCCCAGAUAACUCAGCGCAAAGCCUGUAGAUCAGUGAAGCUGGAAACUCUAAUCAAAGAUGAGUGUUUGGCUUUACUUACCGCCUCCACUUCAUCCAUGCCAGCUGAGAUGCCAUGGGGAGACAGGCAGCCUAUGCAGGAUGCCUCAACCCUAACCAGCCCCCCAGACUAUGAGCACAUCUGUCAGACCCUCCAAAUGGCUCGUGAUUCUGGGGCGAUCAGCCGAGGGGCUUCUGUAAAAUCCAAACCAGGUAGUGCCAUGAGCAUUGAUAAUCAACUAAUUGUGGCCAUGCCUAGUGGAUCUGCAACAGAUUUAGAGCAGCCAUGCUGCUCGUUAGCAUUAGAAAAUGAAAAUAAUUUGAGACAGGAGCCCAUCUCUUUAUUAAGUGACGAGAGAACCUCUGGCUUUAGAAGGGUAACAAAUCAGAGUGCCAAACUCCUCGGUAACAGGAGUGUUCUGUGUGGCAUUACAGGUGAUAAGCCAACAGGAGACAAAGCAGGUUUAGAGGUGAAUCCAGAAGUACCGGCUGACUGGCAGAUGCAGCUGUCACUAGCUGAGAAGCAUAUUGCUACACUUAUCACUGGGGAAGGGUCCAAGCCUGGGUCAGUUGAAGCUCUAGAGGAAAUGAAUGACAUUAAGAGAAAUGACAGCAUUCCUGCCAGUAUGUUAGAAGUACAAACAACCGAGACAUUGAAAGGAGACAACAUUGAAAUGAUUGAACGGUUUGAUACACAGGUAGAGAAGCAUGAGACUGAAGUAGGUCAUGCAUCUGAAAGUCAGUUGAAUGUAGAAAUAAGAACAGAUGGUGAUAUCAAUAGGAAAGAAGAAGAGGAAGCAAAGUUAGAGCGAGACAAUUUUCAACAAGAAAACUCUAUGACUAAAGGUACAGAGCUACAAACCCAAGAGGAGGAACAAAUUCAUGAGCCCAACAUGGAACCAAGUGUGAUUUUAAGGCCAAACAAGGCUACAAUAUGGACUCACUCAGGACUUGAUCCAGUGCUUCUGCCAGAAUUUCCCCCAGAUCACCUUCCCCUGUCCGUGUUAUCUUAUCCAAAUCGUAGAUUAUCUUUAGAGUUGGAUUUAGACAGAAGUAGUUGGGAAGGAGCUAUUUGGAGCCUUGGAGGAGGUUGGGCAAGAGAAAGGCGAUCUCUUGAUGCUGAGAGGCAGGACUUAAGUGAGGAUAGGUGGGGUUUAGAAAGUGAUAGACAACAAUCCAGUGGUGAAAAGCGUGGUCUAGGUGGUUGGCGUGGAUGUGGUAUAGAUAGGCAGGGUUCAGAUGAUUCAGAUUGGGAUUUAGACUCUGAGAACCACAACACAAUGGAUAAAGGAGGGGUUGCAGAUGUAAAACAAUGGGAGCCUAAUCAAGGGCAGGAUCGAAGUGGAGACCAAAGCAGUUAUGUGUCUAAUAAAGACUUAAUGGUUGACAAACAAAUCUUGGUAGAUGAACAGAUUCAAGGUACUGAAGGGAGUCCAAGGGUCAAGGAGGUGCAAGGCUCAGGAAAACGGGGCAGAGUGCUUUCUCAGCGAAUUGAGGCCCUGCAUGAUUGUUUUAUACCCCCACCUGGACAUGGUUCUGAAGAGAGACUUGCUCGUAUGAGGGAGGUGGACACUGUCUCCCGCAUGAGACGCCUCAGCCUUCGUAGUACAGACUCAUGGGAUGGACUAUAUGGGGUGGCAUUUGUUUCUAGUGCUGAAGAGCUAGUGAGGGAUGAUAGACAGUCCCUUCCUUUAUCCCAGGAACUUCCAAUCACAGCAGAGAAGGAGGACAUAGAAGUCAGAAAGCCUUGCUCAGACAUGAAUGAGCCUUGUGAGACGCAAGAUGAUCCAAUUUCAGCAGAGUCGGAGGAGCCCAGUCAGGUGGAGAAGUCGUAGUUGAACCCAAGAAGUCAUAAAUCAGGGGGUGAAGGGACAUCCAUUGCCACUAAGAGCCAGCUUCCAACACUGUGACCUGGCUGUCUGCUAAAUGCCUUCAUUUUCAUAUGGCACUCGCACAAGAACACUCAUACACAUAAACACACACACACACACACACACACACACACACACACACACACACACACUGACAUGCAUUUAUGCACGACAUUAUUACAUAAUGCAUAUGAAGACAUAUAAACACAUAGACAUUCCCACAUGCACCUCAGAUCAUCAUCAUGAAUUCUGACAUGCAUUCAAAUAUAAAUGCACACACAUACACAGAUUAAAAUGGCCUUCUCCGACAAGAGCAUUGUGUAUCAACUCCACCCUACCUGCUGGGUUUCUUAAUGUUGCUGCUCCACUGCCAGAAGGAGGCAAGACCCAACCGCUCCUGUUCCCUAUCCUACUUUAUUCAGUCUUUCCUGGGAGUCUGAGGCCCAAUUUUCCAAAAAUUAACAAUAGAAAAUGUAAAUUAUUGGAUGUAUAUUAUGAUACCAAGGGAUUUUUGAAAUAUAUAUAUAUGAACAAAUUGCUAUAUAGUCCCAUUUUUAUAUGGGCUGAACAUUUUAAAUGGAUAGGCCAGCCAAAUAAUGGUUGCUGAUUUAGCUUUCAUUUACUCUUAGCUGCAUUCACAUUAUUUGGUUAAAGUAUCCCUUUAACCAACUCCUCUUUACAAUCAAUAGCUUUACCUAACCUUAAUCCCAUAAAAAAAAAUCCUGUGUUGAAAAUAAUAAUUUCCUUAUUAUGAGGAAAUUACCUUAUCAUAUCUUCCCCAUAACAGAACGACCUUCCCCCUUGCCCACCCUAUUUCAAAUGAAGAUGGGGUUAAGUUGUAGCAGCAUCUGUUCCUUCUCCUCCUCCUCUCCACCCAGUGCUCCUCUUCUGAUGACUUUGUGGAACUUGUGUCAAUUGUCAGAACCUGUGGUCUGCUUGUAGUCCAGUGUAAUUCAUUUGUCCAGAAACGAUUGUUGUCUGUAUUUGUACAUUUUAUGUUCAUUCAAAAUUUUUUAUUUCUUUUUUAAACCGAGUAUUGUGAAGGACACAUUCGUUUGCGUUCGUUGUUAAAGUGUCAUCUGAGCUAUUCAAAAACUAAGAGCGCCAUCUGAAAUGGGCAGCUGUAGCAAGUUGAAGCUUAGUGGCUCAAGAACUGUUUAACAGUCAAGCGAUCAAAGACGUCUGAAAGCGUUUGCUUUUGAUCCAUAAUCUGCAUUUAAAAAACUUUUCAGCAUUCUGUAACAUAAUAUCCCUAAACACAUAGAGCGCUACGGUACAUGUUGUAUUGACUGAAACCAUAGAUGUAUUUUAGAGGAAAUAGAAGUGUGGAUAGAAUGAACAUUUUAGUAUUUAAUGAACCAACAUUGCACCUUGUGAAUGGAAGGGUAGAUUUCUUUUUUUUUAUUUUCCUUAAAAGAAAGAGAAUAAAAGCUAUUGAUUAGCCUUUUUGAAACACCAAUCAUUGAUGAUACGCCUACACAAGAGAUACAAACACGACCUUCCAUAUAUCCAAUAUCCAAAACACUAUAAAUAUUUGUAAUAUAAUGUGUCACGCCAUUGAUAAACCCAGGUUUGGGAAUACCUUUUUUUCAGGCAAUGUAAAUUUUUAAAAACAGGGUCCAGAUAUGAACACAAUGAAUUCUCUAAUUUUUCUUGGUGUCUUUACAACACCAGGUACAGCAGGAAGCAAUAAAUGCUAACAAUUCUUUGUGAUUAAGCAUAUAAAUGUGUACAGAUUUUAGGAGUUUAGUAGGGAACAAGUUGAUGGGCCAUGAUUUGAGAAGAUACAAUAACAAAACAUAAUAUACCAUUAUGAUACUUACCAUUUUGAUAAUAGUGGGUAACAAGAUAGCUGGGUUUUAAGGUGGAAAGAAGUCUACAGUAUGACAGGAUAUGUGUUUGAUAGCUAGAGCAAUGUCGUCCAACAUAAAGCUCAAUGGCUGUAAAAUAUGUGAGAAGCAGGAUAUAUAAAAAAGAAAACGUCAUUUUGUCUAAAUGUUGCUCAACAAAAAAAGAAUCUGAGAUUGCGUGUGUGCAUGUGUGCGUGCAUGAAUAUUCGCUUGCUCCCCAUCAUUGCUCUUCAUCUUACAUUCAUGUAUGUGGAAAAAAAAAAAAAGAACUGCAUUUCACUGAAUAUUUAUUUUUCUUAUCAUUGAAAUUGUUAACCAGGCCAGAUAAUGUAAAAAAAAAAAAAAAAAAAAAAAAAUUAAAAAUAAAAAAGUAUAUUUUAAAUAUUUUAUGAAAUAUUUUGUAUUUACCAUGAUAAUUUUAUUUCUUUGCUCUUGGAUCCAGUUGGCAGUAUCAUAUUGCUGUAUAGUGCAGGAAGAAGAUAUAUAAUUUUCUAGUGCUUUACAAAAUGACAAAAGGGUCAGUUUAGCUGAGCUAAGAAUAUCUCUGUUAAAACACCUGCAGUAUGCCUUGUUCUUGCUCAGAAUUUUGUGAAUGAUAAGAGUUGUCAUUGUAUACUUUGAUAACAAUGUGGAUUUCUGCUUGUGCUUGGAAUAUGUAUCACACUGCUGUAGUAAGAACUUCGGUCUAUACCUGGAACUCUGUAGAAAUGAGUCAGUAUUAGUUUAACACUUCAAUUCUUUUUUUUUUAAUAUAUAUAUCAAAAUCUGAUCAGCAGCUUAAAUACCUACAGGGGACCAGCUUUCCAGGUACACAUUGAAUCUAGUUCUGAAUCCCAAAACCCAAUACCAAUUAAAAUGCUCUUUUUGUCCAAUCCGAAGCUAAUUUUAACAUGAAAGAUUUUAACUUGGCCCAAAGUUCAUACAGUAGCCUACAGUGUAAAUGAAAAUAUGUUACCUAUGUUUUUUAAAAGCUAAAUGUGGCCUUAUUUUAUUUGAGCAUUUGUAUGUCUUUGAUUCAGUGUCAUGUCACGUCAUGUCAUGUCUAAUUUUAUUUUUUAAAAAGAAAAAAAAAAGGAUCCUUUCAGUCAUACAGCCAAAUAUUUUUUAUUUCUUUGCAAGUAUUAUAAGCUAAAGUUAAGCUGAAAGGAAUAUGUGUAGCACAUGGACUGGAACUGUUCUCCCCCCUCAUUUCACAGGCCCAUAACUGUUAAUUAUUUCAUGGCAUUUUCAUGAACGAUGUAGCAUUAUCGCCAUUGUAGCACUUGGAGAAUGCGCAUUGUGGGAAAAGUAGAUGAAAUUCAUCAUUCUUUUUUGGAAGUCGUGACUUGAUGAAACUCAACAGUAAUGCAGUGUAUACCUUUAAAGCAUAAACUGCUCUUUACAUUUUGCUACAUGCUAUAGGGGUGCAAAGAGUGACAUGAUUUCACAUUUUGAUGCAAUUUCUUUUCCAUAAUCUUUGAGGUCUCUGGGUCAUUAUUCAUGUAACAAAACACAACAGACUCUUGAUUCCAUGUUUGUAAAUGGUUAGGCAUUGAAAUGUAAAUAUGUUAAAUAAGCUGAAAAGUGAAAUUUAAUAAACA